ACCACUUCUGCGUCUCUCCAUCUCUUUACCUAUUUAUUGAUUCCAGGUCUUAUUCUUCGAUCACUCUUGACCAUUUGUUAGUUUGAAAUAAUGGCUCAUUGUUUGCAUCCAGAAAAGUUUUUCCCUGUUGUCAAAUCGGUUGCAUUGCCGCCUGGCAGCUUGAAUGGAAAAGUUGCACUGGUCACUGGUGGAGGAACUGGACUUGGAAAGGCUAUUGCAACAACAUUUGCUCAUCUUGGAGCAAGUGUGGCCAUUGCUGCAAGAAGACUUGAUGUACUUGAGAAAACUGCAGAUGAGAUCCGAUCAAGCACCGGUGGUGUUUGUGAGCCAUUCCAAAUGGACGUGAAGGAUCCAGCAAAGGUUGCAAAGGCGUUUGAUGCGGUUGAAAAGAAACUCGGCCACACUCCGGACAUCCUUAUCAAUAAUGCAGCCGGAAACUUCAUCAUGGCAACCGAACGUCUCUCACCGAAUGCCUACGGUACCAUCAUUGAUAUCGUUCUGAAAGGAACUCUCCACGUCACCACCGAGCUCGGCCGUCGCUGUAUUCAACAAAAGCGUGGAGCCAGUGUGCUCAGCAUCACAACACUUUAUGCACAAUCUGGUGCACCAUUUGUGGUUCCAUCAGCGGUUUCGAAGGCUGGUGUCGAAAAUAUGACAAAAUCAUUGGCGUCUGAAUGGGCGAAACACGGAUUGCGAUUCAAUGCGAUUGCUCCUGGACCAAUUCCAACAGAGGGAGCAUUCGGAAGAUUAUUUGCCGGGGAGUUGAAGGAUUCUGGAGAUGCUAUGAAAGCAUCAGUACCAGUUGGAAGACUUGGGCAUCCGGAAGAAAUUGCCAAUUUGGCAGCGUUCAUGUCGUCUGAUUUCAUGUCCUGGAUGAAUGGAGCGAUUAUCGAUUUCGACGGUGGCCAACAGCACAUUCAUCAUGGAUCCCAUAUGGGACAAUUCCUUCACGAAUGGGACAACGAGAAAUGGGAGGAAACGGAGAAUUUGAUCCGUGGAAGAACUGGAAAAGAAAAGAAGAGCAAGCUGUAAAAAUGUACUAUUUCGAAUUUAAGCCUAGUGUAAAUUUAUCAUAUGUGCCAUAAACUUUACGAGAACUAUUUUCUA